UGGGAUUAGGGAUUUGCCUAUAGAAAUCAAUGGACGGUCCCCAGAAAGAUAUGAGUCAAGGUGUGUGUGUGUGUGUGUGUGUGUGUGUGUGUGUGUGAUUACAUUACUACACAGGGUAAACACACGUCAGCAACAACAAAACAUAAACAUGGAAAAAAGCACAUCAGUGUGACGUGAAUUUAACAUACGCUGAAAAUGGCCAGUGACGAUCUUUAAGCAUACUGGUGGGGGGGGUUGUGCCUUUAGCUAUAAUCCUCCAACUGUCAUCUCAGUUUAUGCACAAAUGCAUUAUCUUAGUGGGAAUUGUAAAGGAAUUGGAGUGCAGAAUGAUAUAAGUAAGGAAAAAUCAAUUUUACAAACAUCAUAAUAGUGCGGUUCAGAAUAGCACCAGCAGGUGGUGCUGUGGACCUCAUCUAAUUUUGGCAAAGUCGUGGAUAUUAUUGAAUACUACAGUAUGUGCUGUAUAGCAUAAUAUUAUGUGCUUGUAAAGUGUAAUAUUUAAAUAUGUGGUUUCACCUAUUCACCUAUCCCUGUUAAGCACUUGAUAUAUGCUGUUCUCAUAAAGGUUGAGAUUUAUGUCUCCUGUUCCUGUCUUAUAAGGCAGAUGGAAUUAAACCAGUAAAGCUUGAUCCAUUUCGUGAUUUUUCAUUUAAAAUAAUAAUAUAUAUAUUUUUUAAUUAUUCAGGUUUUAUUUAUUAUUCAUCAUAAUUGAGGAUAAGAAUCUUACUGUAUGAUGCCACCAGGGAUUGGAUCCAUCAAAUUCCCUUCUUAUCCUACAGGCUAAGUGCUAAAGCCUGAUUUCUGAGCUGAACCCUGCUGUAGUUGUGCGGUUGUGUUCAGUGUUACCCAACAUUUAUUUAUGCAGUCAUUGAUUUCUGCCCACAGACCAUUGUUCUGGACCUUGUAUGUUUAUUCUGUCCUAAAUGAAAAGAAUUUAUCCUUGUGUAGCUGAAUUAUUUAAAAGCUGACCGCUACACACAGACCUGAGAAACAAAAGCCCCUUUUAACUGUCCUCUGUGGUCUGUGGGUUUAAUACAGCUGGAGUGUGUCAGCUAUAAAGGCGAGUACUGUUCCUUUAAAAGGCGGUGCCACACAGAACAUUAUGUCACCAUGGCUUCCCCAGUCCUUGGACUAAUGAUGCUGAGAGUUGCUCAGCUUGGAUUUUUUUUCUGCCUCUCUCCACUCCUCUGCUCACUCACUGCUAGUGUGACUUCUCUCCCUCACUCUUUCUGUGUGUCUUCCCUCUCUCAUUCUCUCUGUGCGCCCUCUCUCUCCCUAUCGCUCUCUCUCCCCUCUCGUCUCUCCUCCAGCAGGGAUGUAGCACUCUUUCCCAAACUUGAGCCAGUCCCCCACACACCAGGAGAUUCUCAGGCAGCCGCUUGCUGCGUUUUGGGGGCACUUUUUACAUUUAGUUUGUGAUUUCAGCAAAAAAAAAAAAAAAAGGUAAAGAAACUCCUCCAUUUUGGACUUUUUGGUUUUCUUUCUUUCCUCCUGGGGGGAGGGGUGGGGGCAGGGGAGGUCAUGGCUUUGAGGGAGAGCGUCCUGCCCAUCAGCGAGGUGUCGGGCUCCUUCCCGGAGGUGGUGGAGCUCAACGUGGGGGGUCAGGUGUAUGUCACCAAGCAUUCGACGCUGGUCAGCGUCCCUGACACCACGCUGCACACCAUGUUCUCCCGCCGGCCACUCCGCGACCUGCCGCGCGACAGCCGCGGCCGCUUCUUCAUCGACCGCGACGGCUUCCUCUUCCGCUACGUGCUGGACUUCCUGCGCGACCGACAGCUCGUCCUCCCUGAGCACUUCCCCGAGAAGGAGCGGCUCCAGCGGGAGGCCGAGCACUUCCAGCUGGCCGAGCUGCUCCGGCUCCUGGCCCCACGGGUGCCCAAGCAGGGCUCGGUGAACGACGAGGGCUGCCUGAGCGACCUGGAGGAGAGUUCUCAGAGCAGCGAGCCGGCCCGCUCGGCCUCCGGCGCCGACCGGUGCUCAGGCUUCCUCACCGUUGGAUACCGCGGCUCGUACGCCGCCGUCCGCGACGGCCAGACCGACGCCAGGUUCCGGCGUGUGCCGCGGAUCGCCGUCUGUGGCCGAAUCGCCCUGGCCAAGGAGGUGUUCGGCAACACGUUGAACGAGAGCCGGGACCCCGACCGACCGCCGGAGAAAUACACGUCUCGCUUCUACCUGAAGUUCACCUACCUGGAGCAGGCCUUCGACCGGCUCUCGGAGGCCGGCUUCCACAUGGCGGCCUGCAACUCCACCGGGACGGCCGGCUUCGUCAGCCAGCGGCGGGACGACAAGAUCUGGAGCAGCUACACUGAAUACAUCUUCUUCAGGCCCCCCACCAGGACAUCGUACCCCAAGCAGGAAUCAGAGGAGCACAAGGACGGGAAGCUUCCAGCCAAGGGCAGCGAGAGCGGCGCCUCCUUGAACGAAUUGUCCACCUCCAGCUCCGAGACGCACUCAGAGAUCACCUCCCCCCAGGAGGACCCGGCGGACGGCGGUGUGCUGGCCCCCGGCCACGGCCUCCAGCUGGCCUCCCGGCAGCCGAGCACUCUCACCCUGGGCCGGCCCUCCAAGAAAGGCUCCGUGCAGUGGAUGCAGCUCCCCGACAAGCGACGCAACAGCGAGCUCUUCCAGUCGCUGGUGGGAAACGGCAGCCCGCGAGAAGGAGGCCUCAACCGGCGGAAGCUCACCGAGAAGCUGAGCAGCGAGGAGGAGAUGAAGCAGUGCAUCCAGGACUUCCACAAUAUCAAAAUCCCAUUUGAGAGUAAAGCUUGGAGCCAAAUCACAGGGUUAUCCAUUUAUACGGUGUCCCUGGAGUAUUUCAGGGGUUAGGGGCCUUGCUCAAGGGUCCAACAGACAGGUGACUAUUUACCACCAACAGGAUUUGAACCAGCAACCUUCUGAUCACAGGCACAGAGGCUUAGCCUGCUGAGACACACACCACUCUGGCUUGAGGGCUGCUUCUGUCUGAAACUUCAUCACAGUCAGAUGUUUGUAUUCAAGACCUGACUAAUCAUUUUACCACUAAGUUGUAGACCCGAAACAGAAACUAAGUAUCAGUAACUGUGUGCAAUUUUUGAAGGGCAUGUUUCAAACAAUGGUAUACUGGAUGUAAAAUCUUUUGCAUGAACAAUGUCAGAAGACCGUAGCGAUAAACCACAAUAAUGUGUUAUGGUGGCAGAAUGAACAGAAAGAACAAGUGUGUAUAAAAAAUGUGUUUACAUUGUUAGGUCAAGACGUUUGUUUGGGACGGGAAGUGUGCAGGUAAAUUGCGUAAAUAAUCCAAUUAAAAUUUAUUUCUGGAUGCCCAAGAGCAGUGUUUCCCAAUCCUGUCCUCGGGGACGCACAGACUUUGUCCAAGUUUUUGCUCCCUCUCAGCUCCCAGUAGGAGAAAUUUAUUUAUUUACUAUUUAAAGGAACAAUUUCAUUUAUUAAUUAA